GCAGAUGUUUCUUCUCAGGUGCUGAUCAUAUUCCAACGUUAUAAUAGAUGCUUUUGACCUGUCUUAAAUGUGUUUUGAUGAUGAAACUGACUUUUUCCUCUCUGGAUAUAUAUAUAUAUAUCUGUUAGACUUUGCAUAUAACAAUGCAUUUUCUUUAACCAUUUAAAUUCUGUUGGAUAUCAGAUGCGCGUUAACGAGUCGGCGCAGCCGUUACGAUAUAAAAGUAACGGUUCUUUUGGAUACUCGACUUCAAACGGACUGGUGUGUUUUAUUUGAAGUCUCAAGCAUGAAGAAAUUUCUCCGGGAACGGAAAGAAAAUCUGCGACUUCUGUUCAGUUGGAACUCCACUUGGAUUGAGUUCACCUUAAGCAGAGCUGUAUCCACAGAACCACACUCAGUUUCUGGUUCCCAGCUUGGCACAUUUCACCUGGACUAACACCUUCCUGUGGACAAUAUUCAAAACCCAGGACUUUUACAGCUACACUUUAUGUCAUCUGGGAAACUGCAGAAUCUUUGUAAAAAAAAAAUAUAUAUAUAUAUAUAUAUAGUUGCAGCCACCAAAGGAACUUCAGGGACUACAGGAAUAUUCUGACUCAAUAGUCUGAAACACAGGAGAAUAUAUUAAAAAGUCUUCCAACAUGUCAGAGCAGAAAUUAUAGAUACCCUGUUCUUAUGGUAGACUAAGGUACAAUAAAUACAAUAAUAAGGGGAUAAGGCCAAUAAGGCACUGAUUUAAGGGCUAAAGGAAUAUAUAUAUUUGACAACUCAAGAGUAAUAGUGAACACAAAGGGUAAUACCGGCUACUUGUUUUUUCUGUGGCAUUUAACUUUCUGUGUGUCUGAAUAUUACACACAAAUAAAAAGAAAUAAACAAUUCAAGCAGUGGAAUAAAAGCACCAUCACUAUCUACUCCCAAACUAACUAACUCUUUUGUUGCAAGACAGUUUUCAUGGAAUAACUGAGCAUUCAUUCCAACAGAAUCAUGCACAGAUGAGAGGAACCGCUGAAAGAGUACUGGUGUAUAACUUUUAACAGCAGGUGGACUAUGCAAUAUGGAUCAGGUCAACAGCACAGAUGAGUUUUCCCUCAUCAAUGCUACGGUCAUUCCCACAACCUUGGCGUCCUGGGAUGAUGCCACGCUCCUUGGCCUUCAGAGCUCCCUCUCUGCAGUGCUUGCGAUUGUCACUUUAGCCACUGCUUUGUCCAAUGCUUUCGUGAUUGCCACCAUCUUUCUCACACGCAAGCUGCACACGCCCGCCAACUUCCUGAUCGGGUCUCUUGCAGUGACAGACAUGUUGGUGUCCAUUUUAGUCAUGCCAAUCAGCAUUGUGUAUACGGUCAGUAAGACUUGGACGCUGGGCCAGAUAUUGUGCGAUAUUUGGCUCUCAUCUGACAUAACUUUCUGCACAGCUUCGAUCCUGCACCUUUGCGUGAUCGCAUUAGACCGAUAUUGGGCCAUAACCGAUGCCUUGGAGUAUUCAAAGCGACGUACCGUGCGCCGAGCAGGACUGAUGAUCGGUGUUGUGUGGGUGAUAUCUGUCUCUAUCUCCAUGCCACCUCUCUUCUGGAGGCAGGCCAAGGCCCAUGAGGAGCUUAAGGAAUGCAUGGUCAACACUGACCAGAUCUCCUAUACGCUAUAUUCCACUUUUGGUGCCUUUUAUGUCCCGACGGUCCUCUUGAUCAUUCUUUAUGGGCGAAUCUACGUGGCGGCUCGUUCCAGGAUCUUCAAAAGGCCAGCAACGACCGGAAAACGCUUCACCGCUGCUCAACUCAUCCAGAACUCAACGGGCUCUUCACUUUGCUCACUAAACUCCACCUCUAAUCAGGAAGGACAUCUUCAUCCUGGAGGUGGAGGUGGAGGAGGAGGGGGGUCUCCUCUUUUUACGAACAGUGUGAAAGUGAAGCUAGCUGAUAGUGUUCUGGAAAGAAAGCGUCUUUGUGCCGCUCGGGAGAAGAAGGCCACCAAAACUCUUGGGAUUAUCCUGGGUGCGUUUAUUGUGUGCUGGCUUCCAUUCUUUGUGGUUACACUGGUGAUGGGGAUCUGUAAAGACUGCUGGUUCCACCCUGUGCUCUUUGAUGUGUUCACCUGGCUGGGGUACCUGAACUCCCUCAUCAAUCCAGUCAUCUACACUGCCUUCAAUGAUGACUUCAAACAAGCCUUCCACAAACUCACUAAGUUCAAAAGAUGUUACUAAGAGAAUUUGGCAAAUCCACUCCCUGUGUUUUGACAUCUUCAUGACUUAAUUAGCUGAUUUCUCCUGAAAAUAUUGUGCAAAUUUUGUUGUGUGUCAGCCGAGGAGGACUUUAACUAACAUCUCCUGCAUUUGUUUUCAGUGAACUCCUCAACACACUCAUAGUGUCUGGUCGCUGUAGAUUACUGUUUAAUGGAAUCUCAUAAGACAGCUUGUAAAAUAAUGUGCCAUAUUGUUGAUGUUUUCUUGUAGUUUAUGAAUGCAUGCUAAGAAUCUGAUUCCUGCUCUAGAGAGUGACAUUGUACUGUCUCUGUAUACAAUAGCUGUCUAUAAACUGCCUUAUUUACAAGAAAGAGAUUGAAAUUACAAUUAAAGACAGACUUUAUGGUUUCUGUUCCCAUAGGAACAAGAAACACAGUACAUGGGACUCUGAGGACAGUGCUGAGAGUUCAUGGACAUUAGCUCUAAGUUAGUUUGUUGUUGUUGUUUGUGUGUGUGUGUGUGUGUGUGUGUGUGUGUGAGAGAGAGAGAGAGAGAGAGAGAGAGAGAGAGAGAGUGUGAAAGAGGUUUGUUAUCAGUUCCCUCCUAUAUUUUAUGUCAGAGUUGGGAUGAGGUUUAUUAUCAUAAACCAGAAUAAAAGGUUUAUUUCAGCAUGGGUCAUGUCAGAGGGGUUCAAAAGUCCAAUUGUGAAAAUGCUUCUAUUUAGCAUUUUUCUAUUUAAAUAAAAACAAAUUCCAUUACAAAUUAUGUUAUCAGCAUGUCAGUUGGAGUGCAAAGUGCCAUUAAAAAAAAUUAACAUACAUUUCAGAAUUUCUAGUAUUUUGUUUUUAAGUGACAGCAUGCACUCAAUAUGAAAUUCACAGGUUUUGGCAAAGCCAGAUGACCCUGUUUAUACCAGCAUGAUUUGAAAAUGUUACAAAGAGCAUUUUCUGUGCUUCAGUGGAAGCUGGGAAAUCUAACUUUUCAUACAAAGGAGUUUUAACAUGGUCAAUGUCACAAAUUUGCUUAUUUGAUAUGUGAUCAGAAAUAGUGCAGAAUCUUAAUUAUUUCAUAAAACUUGCUGUUUAUUUCCAAGUUUUAAUUAAAUCCUAGGUAUUCAUAUGGGGCCUUAGAUUUUAGAACCACAUUGCAUUUGUCAGCUAUGGAGCUUUUUUUAGGACAUCAUGAUGCAAUAGAUGAAAGACAUAUAAUGAUCAAAAGUUCACACCUUUGAUGUAGCUGGCAAGUGGAGCUUUAGCUUAUAUUUAGGAAAAACAUCUGGCCAGGAAAGAAAAUAUAAUUUUGCAAUAGCUUCAAACACUUUUGUGAUGUGAAGGCCAUCAUUUUGUCACUUUUCAACUUUGCCAAUAAUGCAGCCUUGCUCAAACUAUCCUUGGGAAGUGAACCACCUCUGUUAUGCUUUAUAUGAAUAAUGGCUAACAGGAAAUUGCCAAACUUUGCCUUCCAUCAGUCUUUUUAAGAUAAAGGUCAGUUGUGGUGGUUCAAAGGUUUUUUUGAUAAGAAAACACAGCAAUAAGAGGCUGUAGGCUUGAGUCAGAAAGGAAUAAUGAGGCAUAUUUCCGAACAUGCUGCCCGUUGCUGGCUCUCAAACAAUGUUAGAGAGAUCACGAUAGAGCUGUGCUGGUCUGUUCUGUUAAGAUGGAUGGUUUGUAUAUUCACAGUGUGUAUAUCAACAGAAAGAGCCCUUCUCAGUUAUGCAUGCAGGAAGGAUGAGGUCACACCCCAUGAAACAGAUGUUUAGAGACCCAUUAUCAUUCACAACCACUAUAUCUAAAUACGAGUAUAUUCAUUCACUAGCAUACCAGCAUGUGUUUAGUACACGAAGGGUGGUAUGAUAUGUGCUUUCCCUACCAGUUGGUGGUUGACAACAGAAAUGGGCUGUAAAACUCUGUGACUAGUUGGUGAGCCAUAAAUUGUACUGAUGUGUGUGAAUAUGUGUUUGCAUGUUGCAGAGGAGGUGCACCCUGAAGAACUAAUGUUGACCCAUCUGCCCUCACCCUGAAUUCUCCAUUUAAGUGCUUUUCCUCAGUGGUUCUCAGCUGGUUUUGCUUCAGGAUCCAAAUUUUAUAUUGGAUAGCAGCGUCAACCCAACACAGUACUACUAAACAAAAAGUAAACACAAAUUUUCUUAAAAAUCAACCAUUGAAAUGUUUUUAUAAAAAUGUAUAAAUGUUUUUGCAAAAUGAAAAAAUGACCUAGGCUGAACAGGAAAUUUGGCUUUUGACUUUUGAAAUUUAGGUGUUUGGUUUCAAAAUGUCUCAUAAAUUGAAAUGGUUUCAUGCUCUCGGCAGCCAAUAAUUCACAGCACAAAACACAUUGUGGUUGGCACAAACCACAUUGCAAGUUAACUUGUUUUUAAUGUACUCUGGGUAAUUUUUUCUUUUACCUUGUGUGGUUUUGCUCAUAGUGUUUGAGGAUGAGGGCAUUGCUAUGCAAACUGUCCAAGAUGCCUAAUUUUGCCAGCUUGUUGUAUCGUUACAAAUUAAUUUGUGUCAAAAUACUGUAGAAUUUGAUUGG